AUGUUUGUUGAGCGGAAAGCUGAGCUCAUCUUACCAUCUGGAUUCGAUAAUAUUGAAAGCUACGCUGCUACCUUAGAGGAAUAUCUAUCUUCUGAGCUUGUGCAAUCUCUCUUGAACGGUCAUCCUAAUGAGAUAGCAAAAUCUGGUCCUCCCCUUGCAUGGAAUGAGUGGUGGAAAUGGGCAUCCUCCCUCAACUCCGGCGACAUUCCUCUCCAUUUAACUGAAAGUAUCAAGCUUGACUUGCCCGGCUCACUGUCGAAACUUCUGAGAGAUGCUUCUCGUCUAGCUUUGCCGCGGGCCUCUGUACCCCAUAUUCCUCUCCCACGACCUCUACCUAAGGGACAGACCCCCAAGAAAGUCCACGAAGUGCGACACUUCAGCAAACUUAUUGCUGAACUGUCUGCGGACAUUGGUGUUGAUAAUAUUGUCGAUGUGGGCUCUGGACAGGGCUAUCUAUCUCUGGAGCUUGCUUCCAAGCAUGGAUUGAACGUCCUCGCGCUAGAUUUCUCUGAAGUCCAAACCAGCGGGUCAAUUCACUGGGCUCAACAAGCGAAGGAGCAGAACUUGAAGCUCUCACACGUCACACAUCAUAUCUCACAGGCCACCCUACCUGGCCUUGUCCAGAAUUGGAUCGAUGGCAGACAUCUCGCGCGAUCGAACAGGAAUGUCAUCGUGAUUGGUCUUCACGCAUGUGGAUCACUCACAGUGGAGGUGCUUCGAGCUUGCAUGGACAACAUGAAGCCGCAGGAUGAUGGUGCUGCUGAUCAUUGGAAGAUCAAAGCGUGCGCGAUUGUCGGAUGUUGCUAUAACAUGCUCUCCGACCAUGACAAGCAUGUCUCAAGACUGACAGCACCACCUUUACCAUCCGACGCGUUCCAGUUAGCAGCUCAGCCAUGGUUACCGCCUUCUCCUGCAGAACUCUCUCUCACCUUGAAGAAGAUUACCUAUCGCGCUCUUUUCGGUCGUCUUCUCUAUGAAAAAGAUAUCGAGCUGCCGACCGACACUAGAGUCAGAAGGCUGAAGGACUCAGCCUAUUCAAACUGGGGCACAUAUAUCCAAGCCGCCUCAAGUAGAAUGGGCGUUAGUCCUCAGCUUCUCGACAUAAAUUCAGUAUGGACAGAAGAGAUGCGGCAACUUUCCACAACAGUAAGCAUGCUACACGUCCUUCGAUCGAAGCUUGGACCAGUAAUAGAGAGUUGGAUACUACUUGACCGGUAUGUCUGGCUCUGUGAGCAGCUAGAAGAACCUGGUUUAGCAAGCGUGGAGAUGAAGUGGGUAUUCGAUAGCGGUAUCAGUGCAAGGAGCGCGGUGUUCAUCGUGAAAGUGUUACAUUAUUGA